AUGCCACAUGAGAACUACCUAAAGAACAACAACAUAUGGCAGGUAAAUGCUAAGAAGGGGGAUUCUUGGAUGUGGAAACAACUAUUGAAAGUCAGAGAUAAAUGCCUUGUUUUGUGUGGAGGGAUUGAAAACCUCAAACAGCUUAUCAAUUCUUGCUGUGUCAAUUCUAAAGUCCAGAUCUCUGGUCUUUAUUCUAGUUUAUCACCUAGUACAACUCAUGUGGCAUGGCAUGAUACUGUGUGGGAAAAUUUGUGCUAUCCUAAACACUCUUUUAUCCUGUGGCUGACAGUCAAUGACAAACUUCAAACUCAAGACAGACUUCUCAAACAUGGUAUUAUUCAAGCUUCUGUUUGUAAACUAUGUGAUGGUACUUCAGAGAGCAGAAAUCACCUCUUUUUUGAGUGCAAAUUAUCAAAUUUUGUGUGGAAUGGUAUUAUGGAGUGGCUCAAAUUCAAAUGGAGAUCUUGUGAUUGGUCUGCCCUAUUGAAUUGGUAUAGUUUCAGACUGAGGGGCAAAUGUAUUAAGCAAAAAAUUAAGAGCAUGGCGUUGGCUGCUGUAGUAUAUAACAUUUGGAGAGAGAGGAAUAACAGGAUGUUUAAGUUGAAGAAUAGAGCUCCUGAUGUUUUAAUCAAGAAUAUAAAGAUGGACAUCCUAGUUGCUUUUCUGAAUGGUUCCCCUUCGGCUGAAGACAGGGAAUGGAUUCUCUCCUUGUGCUGA